GAGCAGUUACAGUUUGAAUGUAGUGCACUCACUGCUCUCACAGGCCUAGGAAAGAAGCAGGCGAGGGGAUCAGGCCCCUCCUUCUAGUCUGGGGAGCCGGGGUCGGGUACCGUAUGCCUGAGGGGCUGGAAGGCUCCCCACCCGCCCCACUGUGAGAGGGGUGGAGCGCUCCAGGCAGCGGAAUCUUAGAGCCACGGGCUUCCGGUGCCUGCCCGGGACGCAUUGGGAACGGACGGCCCGGAGUGCUGCGAGCGGCAGACUGCGUCUCCUAGCAACUCGCUAGCAACACCCGGAAGUGGCUUGAAUGUCACGAGGGUCCGACGCGCCGGCUGUUUGACGGGUAUUACGUUCUUCCAGGAUUGCAGUCAUGGUUCUUAAGGUCUUCUUCCCCUCUUGCUGUGCCACAGCAGAAAGUGGCCUUUUGAUUGGCCGUUGGAUCCCAGAACAGAACUCUGCUGUUGUCCUCGCUGUGGUCCACUUCCCGUUUAUUCCUGGCCAGGUGAAGCAAUAUCUCUCUGAAGUCCAGCGGGUGACUCAGGUCAAUAUGUGUGUGCUGGGCUCAUGGAGUAACAGCAAACAGGAGAAGGAAGAGGUCCUGGACAAGUUCCUGGAAGAUCUCAGCACAAUCUUUUCCCAUGAGCCCUGGAUACAGCUCAGCAAAGAGGGAGACAGCAAGUUUUGGAGCUGCUGUAUCUUUCAGAAAUACCCCAGCAGCCCCAAGGAACAUGAAUUCAUCUUAGUAUAUUAUGACCAGCGCAAAGUGAUGCUUUCACAGCUGCAUCCCACCGACAGCCUGACCACAUCUGCUGACCAUAAGGGAAAUGAUGCCUCAAAACUAGGUGCUGUGUUUGACACCGUUGCAAAGAGCAAGGUUCUAUUCAUGACAGACAGAUAUGAUGAUGGGCCUAUCAAACUGACUCACUGGCAGUCAGAAGGAGUGGAAGCCAGUAUUAUCGUGGAACUGAUGAAGCAGGCUUCUGUGCCUGUGUGUGUGCUGCUGACAUUCCUGCUUUCACUUGUCUCCAGUGUUUGUAAAAGCAGAGUGCUGAAGUUUUGGCCUUUGUCUUUCAUCUGGAGUAAACUCUCAACUUGUGAACAGUUGGGGCACCGACUGGAGCACCUCCAGAUCAUCAGCAGCAACAGGAAGGCUCAGAAUCAGACCCAGCUAAUGAGGAAAGCCAACAUCUUUGUUUCUCUCCUCAUUGACAUGGCUCUGGGAAUACUGCUAAUGUCCUGGCUCUACAGAGAGAAUCAGAUUGGUCAGCUUGCUGACACUCUCAUCCCAGUGGCUGAUCAUAUAGCCAAAGAGCUCCAGGACCUGCUUCAGUGGCUAAUGGGAGUGCCAGCUGGUUUAAAAAUGAACCGGGCUUUGGACCAGGUAUUGGGCCGGUUCUUCCUUUACCACAUUCACCUGUGGAUUAGCUAUAUCCACCUGAUGUCUCCAUUCAUUGAGAUGAUCCUUUGGUAUGUUGGCCUAUCAGCCUGUCUGGGCCUGACUGUAGCGCUUUCCAUCCUCUCUGACAUCAUUGCACUCCUGACCUUUCAUAUCUACUGCUUCUAUGUCUAUGGAGCCAGGCUCUACUGCCUGAAGAUCUAUGGUUUGUCAUCUCUCUGGCGCCUGUUUCGUGGGAAGAAGUGGAAUGUCCUGAGACAGCGGGUGGAUUCCUGCUCCUAUGACUUGGAUCAGUUAUUCAUUGGCACUUUGUUAUUUACAAUCCUGCUAUUUCUUCUGCCCACGACUGCACUGUAUUACUUGGUGUUUACCCUGCUCCGUCUGCUGGUGGUAGUUGUGCAGGGCCUGAUCCAUCUGCUCGUGGACCUCAUUGACUCUCUGCCCCUUUAUUCAGUCAUCCUUCGGCUCUGCAGAUCCUACAGACUUGCAGCUAGCGUGAAGUUCAGAGUCCUUGAACAGAAGCCUGGAAAACCUCUUCGACUCUUAAUGCAGAUAAACCCUCUGUCCUAUGGCAGCGUGGUGCAGACCUACAGGCUCACAAGCUAUGCUUGUUACCCUAAGGAUUCCUGGAGCUCUCUGUGCAAGAAGCUGUUUGUUGGAGAGCUGAUCUACCCUUGGAAGCAUAAAGAGGAGAAGCAGGACUAAAGCGAAGCAAACAAGCCAGGCCUGAAAGAAUGAGCCAAAAAACACCAUUCAGACCCACUCGCUGCUCCCAGGACCAGUGAGCCUGGACCCAGCAGCUGCUAACUGGGACAAUGCUAUCAAAUCCUCUGCUGAGACUUUGGUAGUAUGCGAGGAGGGGCUGCAUUUUAAGUGGGAGUGUUUUUAUAUCAGUGUUUCUCACACUUUUUUGUACUGGUGACCCCUUUCACAUAGAAGGCCUCCAAGUGUGACCCUCCAUAUAAAUUAAAAACACUUUUUUAUACGUUUAACACCAUUAUAAAUGCUGGAGGCAAAGGGAGGAUGUGGGGUGGAGGAUGACAGCUCACGACCCCCGCUACUCCCUAUAAGAAUCUUGUGAUUCCCUGAGAGGUCCGGACCCCCAGUUUGAGAAUCCCUGUUUUAUACAGUCUCUUUCAGCUUUCCCCUACCUAUAUGGCCCCAUCCAGCUGACUUGGUUUUCAGGCUGUUCUCUGUUAAUGAAGUGUUAUUCUGCCCUAGAUUACACUGUUCCUGCCUGGCAGCACUAGGGACCAGAGGUUUAACCCUUCAGUGCCUCUCCACAGCAGCAUACCAUGUAAGCCAGGGAGUAGCUCCUGAUCAGCCCAAUGGUCUGUUAGUCUUUCCAUGCAAGUUCCUGGGGCCUGAGGGUGAUUAAAGCCAAAACGCCGAGGUGGAUUAUUACAUCCAAGUGUUCUGGACCUUUCAUAUUCUCGUGUUCAAGCCAAUUCAUCAAAUGCAUGCUCCCAAACUGCACUGUCAGCUUAGAAACAGUACUGGUCUGUAGCCCACUGAUUUGUCCCAUUGCUUUUUCUUUGGUAAUAGAAUUGGCUUUUUCCCACUGCAGCACCACAGCAAGAGUGAGCAUAGAAAAAAUGUAGCGUGGAGGCCAGAAAACACACACUGCUCUGGUACCAUGCCUAACCCACCAUUUACAGCAGGAACAGACACAGGUAGGGUUUCACCACAAAAAGUCAUCUUUGGCCUAAAUUUUCCUAACUGACUAGUGACAUUGGAUGUGUCUGUUUCUCAGUGCCCAAUCUGAGACCUUUUAAAGGCACCUGAUUUUUGAACAGUCCAGACCCUCUAACGGCUCUCAAAAUCAGCCUCUAAAACUACUAGUCACUUUGGAAAAUCUAGACCCCAUUUCUUAAGAAUACUUUUCUUGCUUGCGGUACUAACCUCCAGAUCACAAGGAAAACAAUGGUCUCUUUCUAUAUCAGGUUUUAAGUGCAUACACAUUAUGGUGUCUGUUCCCCUUUCGAAGUGUUCCUCCUACUAACCCUAAUGGGAAAUACAUUCAUGUGUUGGCCAAGGAGUAGAUUCUUUAGUAUGUACCUACCACAUAUAUUUCUGUAGUUUAAAAUAGACUGUAUACAGAUGUGUAAGUACACUGUGCGUAGGUGUACAACUGUCACUUCCCAGAUCCUAAACAGGAUAUGUAGUGUUGCUGUGUACUGUUGCCAGGUUGCAUUCCAGAGAUGGCUGCAUUACAUUGGUGGUGAAGCUAUUCCUAUGGACUAAAUCCUGUCUCUUCUCCUUUGCAGCCGAAAGUUCUGCCUUCAGAGGAACCAGCAUGGGAAAGCAGGGUAGGAUUUCUGGUGUCUAUGCUGCAGAGCUCUUCUCCGCAUUCCUGUGCAGUUGCUUACAGGAGGAAAGGAAGGGAGGAGUGGGGUCAGGUUUGGUGGAGCCACUACCACAUGGCUCCACUAGCUGUUGUCCUCUGCAGGAGUCCAGCAGGAAGGGAGACUAUUGCAGCUUUAGAGCUGCAGUAGUUGUCAGAGAACAUAUCUACUGGCACUCUAUAGCCAGGGCAGUGGUGGGUGAGGGAUCUUUUGUCCCAUCCCAGUGUUCAGCCUGAUUACAUGGGCUUGAGGGAGGAUUUGUCCCCAUAUAUGUAAUAUGCUUUGAGCUCUUUCUGGCUGAGUAAGCACUUGUUACACUGGUGUACAUGUAGGUUAAAAUCUUCAUUAAGGCUACGUCUCUGCUUGGAGCUAGGGGUGUAAUUCCCAGCUCGCAUAGGCAUACUUGUGCUAUUUCUAUGAGACUUAGUCCACUAAAAAUAGUAGUGUAGCUGUGGUAACAUGGGCAGCAGUGAGAGGCAGCACAGAGUAGUUGUUCUGAGUACAAACCCACCUGGACCCCAUGAGUAAGUACUCAAGACAGCUAGCCCAUGCCACUGCUCCCUGUGCUACUGUGACUACACUACUGUUUUUGGCACGCUAGUCCAAGUAUAUCUAUGCAAGCUGGGAAUCACACCCCUAGCUGCCAGUGUAGACUUAGCCUCAGAAUGCAGCCUUCACCUUCACAUCCACAGGCCUGAGCUGAAAAAACAAAUUUGUUUACAUAAAUAUUUGUUUAAGAUGUUCUCUAAAACAUUCCUUACCUGGCAAAAGUAAAGUCUGCAGCAAGACAUUUCCAGGUCCUUAGUUAAGUCAUUGCACAGGAGAGAGAACAUUAUGCUGCCGGUAUGGUUUGGGGAUUAGUGCAAUCAGGAGACCGUUUUCUGCUUGCAUGGUCCAAAAUAAAGUAUAUUAUUGAAAGAUUUCAGAGUAGCAGCCAUGUUAGUCUGUAUCCGCCAAAAGAACAGGAGUACUUGUGGCACCUUAGAGACUAACAAAUUUAUCUGAGCAUAAGCUUUUGUGGGCUACAGCCCACUUCACCAGAUGCCUAGACUGGAACAUACAGCAAGAAGAUAUUUAUACAUACAGAGAAUAUGAAAAGGUGGAAGUAGCCAUACCAACUGUAAGAGGCCAAGCAAUUGAGAUGAGCUAUCAUCAUCAGGAGAAGGAAAAACUUUUGAAGUGAUAAUCGAGAUGACCCAUAGAAGGUGUGAGGAUACUUAACAUGGGGAAAUAGAUUCAAUUAGUGUAGUGGCCCAACCAUUCCCAGUAACUGAUUGAAUCUGUUUCUCCAUGUUAAGUAUCUUCACACCUUCUAUGAAUCAUCUCCAUUAUCACUUCAAAAGUUUUUCUUCUCUUGCUGAUGAUAGCUCAUCUCAAUUGAUUGGCCUCUUACAGUUGGUAUGGCUACUUCCACCUUUUCAUGUUCUCUGUAUGUAUAAAUAUCUUCUUGCUGUAUGUUCCAGUCUAGGCAUCUGAUGAAGUGGGCUGUAGCCCAUGAAAGCUCAUGCUCAAAUAAAUUUGUUAGUAUCUAAGGUGCCACUAAUACACCUGUUCUUUAUAUUAUUGAAAGCAACUAGUUUGGCAAAAAUCCCUCUUAUCACCCCUAAUACUGCCAGGGAGUUUCAAUGAAAUCUUGAUUUGUAGAUAUGACGUUCCCUAGGGUGCAAUUUGGACUGCUAUGUCCCGUUAGCUCCCCAGCCUAAGAUGCUUUUUACACUGCUUUCCUGGUGAACAGCAACCCCUCCGUACUCUGUGGGCACACAGCCACUAGCAUGUAAAAUCACUCCCAGAUGAAUACAUGAACACUGUGCUCAGCUAUCCAUGAAUUACAUACAGGGUGAUACCCACAUAUUCUUCAGUUCCAGCCUUCUCCCUAGAAACGUGUGUCGUGUACUGCUCAGUAACCCCCUGGAUAGUACAAGCUCAUAAAUAGGUUGUCAUUCCAACACUCAGUAAUGAUUAUGCACCAACCUUGUUUACCCUUGUCAUAAACAGAUAGUUAAGGGUUAAUGCCUCUUUUACCUGUAAAGGGUUAAGAAGCUUAGUGAACCUGGCUGACACCUGACCAGAGGACCAAUAAGGGGACAAGAUACUUUCAAAUCUUGGUGGAGGGAAGUCUUUGUUUGUGCUCUUUGUUUUGGUUGUUCGCUCUUGGGACUAAGAGGGACCAGAUGUCCAUCCAGGCUCUCCAAAUCUUUCUGAAUCAGUCUCUCAUGUUUCAAAAUUGUAAGUAAUAGCCAGGCAAGGCGGAUUAGUUUUAUUUUUAGUUUCUCAACUUGCAAAUGUCCCUUUUUUGCUGAGAGGAUUUUACCACUGUUUGCUGUAACUUUGAACCUAAGACUGGAGGGGGUUCCUCUGGGCUAUACGAAUUUGAUUACCCUGUAAAGUAUUUUCCAUCCUAAUUUUACAGAGAUGAUUUUUACCUUUCUUCUUUAAUUAAAAGCUUUCUUUUUAAGAA